GCUGUAGGCAAAUUGAGUGUAAACAAAACAGCAGCUUCCCGUCGGGCAGAACAAGCAGGCUUUUUUAUACUUUAAUAUCUAUAAAUCAGGGGCAGAUGUGUCAUAUGUACAAAUGUUUUUAAUCGUUCUACUUUCACAGCAGUUUGUUGUUUUAAAAAUCUCUGUUGAAUAGCUGAACUUUCAUUGAACCGACAACAUGAACGCUCUGGUGGGCUACGGAGUGUCCUCGAGCUCGGACAGCGACGGGGAAGCGUCAGAUGAGCAGAGUAACACCAGGUCUAAUCAGGAGGGGUGUCAAGAUAAACCUGUAAAGAGCCGAAACUUCCUACUUGAGGCGGAUUCUGGGUCAGCAUCCAGCGAUUCAGAAGAGCCAGAGGAAGAGCAGCCCAUCGCACACCUGUAUGGCACACCACGGGGAGGUCUCCCGAGCCCCACGCUGUCCUCCGGGAUGAACAAACUGCCACCACCCUCCCUGCAGGCCUGCUCUGACACCAGUGUGUUCACCAACCCAUUCAAGGCUCAGGCGGACCAGAAACUACAUGCUCUGCAAAAGCACGUGCCCCUGACAGAACAGGCCCGACCCUCUCACAUCGGAGGACGGCGGAUAUGUGUGUCGUACCGGAAGGAUGGAAGAUGCAGAUUUGGCAUUAAAUGCAAGUAUGCCCAUGACAGUGAUCUCCAAACCCAACCCGCUGACUGCCAUCUACAAACUGGUAGAGAGGCCCACACCAGUGCGUGUGGUGCCCAGGGACCCCAGGGAAACCAGCAUGACACAGAGGAUAAGUCAGAAGGGCAGAAAGUAACCAAGAAGAGAGUUGGUCUAAGCAACACGUUAAUUCCCCCAAAACGAGCAAUGAAGCGGUAUGCAAUGCAAAGGGAAAAAGAGGGAGGCCAUAUCUGACACAUUUGUCUUCUAUGCCUGGAUAAAAGAACAAAACAAGGGGUGUUAAGACAUUUAUUUACAACAUACAAAUCAACAGUUGUGUGUCCUUUCUACCACGCUGUUACAGAGGUGCAGUUUUACUAUAGACCUAUUUAAGAUUUCUACGUUUAUGUGACAGCAAAAUGUGUAGUUUGCAUCUAGGAAUUUCUAACGUCCACAACAAUGUAGGUAGCAAUACAAUGUCUGUUUGAACAUGGAUUAACUGUAAAGACUAACAGCAGCACAUGUAUUAUGUUACAUACAUAUGUUUUGCUAUGUUAAUCAGAGUUUAUUUAUUAAAUUUGUUAUGUGCAUAAACAUUUAAUUUUGAUGGAAACCUUGAAAGAGCCACAUUCUAGACUAAACAGUUUACUUGGGACAGGAUGACUAUAUUGUAAUACCAGCAUUGUAAAAUAUUUCUUCAACAUACACACAUAACUUGUGUUAACAUGACUUAUGUACAAAUGCAACAACUUGCACAUACUUUCCCUGAUACAGAAAAUCUAAAAAGCUACCAAAAGGUAUCUAAAGUAGAAUAAACUGUUACUAUAUUGGUGCUCCUACACAUAGCUUAGGCAGUUAAAUACAGUGUUUAGGCCAUUAUUAUUAUUAUUGUUAUUCAUAUAAUUAACUUCCAUUUUCUGUUUGUGUGCACCAUCCUUGUUUCACAUCAGAGCUUGUUUCUUGUUGUUCCCACACCACACUGUCCUCUCUUGCCUCUGUCUGCUGGAGGCAGCUGCUGUUGGGAUUGGUGGAAGACAUCACUGGAUUGUCAAGAACAAAGCCUUCCCCAUUAGAGGAGGCUGGGACCUGCGACUGGGGGGAAGACACAAGAGCCGGGCUGGAGGUUUGCAGGUGAAGCUGGCUCACAGGCUGGAAGGUCAUCUGAAGGAUGUGGGGCUGCCCUGUGCUCUGCUGCUGAGAGGAGUACGCCUGCAGAGGGGGUUGAUGUGUCACCACUGCACUGGGGGAAGGGGUCAGUGGCUGAGGGCCCUGCACAAACUGCACAGGCAUCUGGAGCUGGAGAUGAGUCUGGUCAGCGGGUGAAGGGGGAUCGAUGGGUGACAGUGCAAUAGUUACAGGCACCUGCAUGGUAUGUAGGGUCUGGUCCUGACCCAGUAACACCACCUGAUGACCCACUUGUUGGGUCAUAUUCUCUACCUGGGUUACCGCUGGAGCCUGACUUUCAGGCACAAUUUGACCCACCUCUAGACUGCCAAGGUCUGUGGGCACAGGGAUUCCUUGUAGCUCCAGCAAAGAAGCUGGGGUGGUGAUAAGUGCUCCAGCAUUGGCUGCAAGUGCUUCUGCUAUUAGAACUUCUGGAUGACUUUUAGCCUUGUGGGCCACAACACAGUCCUUCUUCUCAAACUUUUUGCCACAAAUAGAACAGGAAAACUGGUAAGUCGCAUCAGCAUCAUGCUUUUUCAUGUGCCAGUUUAGUGAAGCUUUUUGCCGGCAAGUAAAGCCACAGAUCUCACACCUAGAAAUGAAAGGGUAACAUGUUUUCUGUUGUAUUUAAUUCAAUAAUAGAAAUCACACCAGACCAAUAAACAAUAUGUGUACAGAAGACGUACUGUAGAGGUUUCUCUCCUGUGUGGAUCAUGCGAUGGACAGCGAGGUUGUGCGAGCUCUUAAAGGCACGAGCACAGUACUCACAGAUAUAAUCUCUCUGAUCUACAAAAAAAAACAA